CACAUGCGCCGACAAGAUUUUCCCGGGGAAAUGGUCGUCCGCUCCGACGCACACUCAUACUUGUUACCACGGGGACAGGAUUGGGCUGGACAGGGUUAACUGCCGAGAAAGCCCUUACAAGUUAACGUGACUCUGUGUCUUAUAAGUAUUUUUCAUGUCGCAACUAGAAGACGAUGCCUAUGCUCUUAAAUGGAACAACAACAUAUCUGUUGCAAUAAUUACCCUGGCAUCCUAUGAGUACAUUCUUCAGUUCGAGAAAGAGGUCAAGUUCGUUUGGGGAAGACAGUGGUCAGUGAUGACAUACCUAUACCUCGUUGUUCGAUACUUUGGGGUUUUCAUUGCAAUGACUUGCGCCUGUUGGGGUGGUCUAUUCUAUAUGCCUGAAGCAGUGAGCCAUGGUAUUUUUCUGUUAAUGCAAUGGGGGAUGUCAUUAUAUUUUUGCUUGGCGGAAGUCAUUCUCAUCUGGCGUCUUUACGUUCUAUACAACCAAUCCAAGCCUAUACUUUAUGUUUUCCUGGGGUUUUUCAUACCUGUCAUCGCGCUCUACAUAGCGAUGGAUAUAUUUUUAUGGAGUCGACCUUCAGCGAUCUCAACGGAGGAAGUGAUGAUAACUUCGAACAUCAAGUAUUGCACGGCUUCGUUCCACAUUGGGCCCAUGCCUGCGAUAUAUGCUUCCAUCCCCAUCAUAUGCUAUGAUAUUUUCCUAGUUAUUCUCGCAAUCGCUGUCCUCAAGAAGCACCUCAGAGAACGGAAGGAAAUCAAAAUGAGGCCUAACACCUAUGUAAUAAUGAUCGUCCAACAUCAUAUCAUAUACUUUGUCCUGAAUAUAGCAUGCCAAAUUUUCAUAGCGAUACUGUGGGCCAACCUUCCGACGGUAGCGAGGAAUCUCGUACUGUUGUUCAAGGAUACAGCACCAUUUAUUACCGUGCCUCGUCUUAUCAUCAGCAUUUGGGAUACGCAUGCCAAUGAAAGCUGCGUACAUGUCAGUACGACGUUCGAAGAUUGUGUAUGUUGGACUUCGCCACCAGUAUUCGAUCAGCAUGAGAUGGGCUCCUGCGCAUGAUGGUUCCAAAACGGGGGAGAGGGUAGAGUGAGGUCCUUCAAGCCCUCGGGCUCUAGCAAAACUCUCAGAUACUUGUGCAUG